AUGCUUGUUCGCCGGGUCAAGAAAGUUGCUUCGAAGCCGUUUGAGAAUCUAGGUGCACUCGACAGAUUGAUCCAGUAUCUACGACUAGGAUCAUCACUCAUAGUGGCAGUCCUCGUCAUGGUGCUAACUUUGGGAGCGCUGGUGUCACCCAGUAAGAUUUUCAUCGGAAAGCUCCAUACAUGUCUGGGUGAUAUCGCACAAGGUCUGUUCGAUGCGUUACAGCAAUCGGUCGAAGCCAAGACAGCAAAUUACGUCAAUAACGGAGUAGGGCUCACCACUUCCGAGAUCCUGAUUUUGACUGAAUAUACGACGUCUCAAGUACAGUCGUCACCGCUGUUUGUGGUAUCAUCAAUGUACGGCUGGUGCCGAGUGGACAAUGGAACGAGCUCAGCUUCAAAUGCAACCUUCCGCAAUCAUACACAGUGCCACACCGUGGGCUCCACGUAUGUUUUCAACUAUAGGGAGCUAAUGAAAGAGAUAGGUCUUAAUGCAAUCCUGGAAUAUACCUACGGUACCCUUGAUGGGAAUAGCUAUGAGGUCUCAAAGCCCUACGUCGAGUACAUGGACAAACUGCAAACAACCAAGAUCCGGAUGGUUAACGUACUGUACAUGGUCGGCUGCUCACACAUGGUUAUGGUUUUCUGCAGCUUAUGGUACUACUCGAUCAAGGGCCGAUCGUUAAGCAUCCUCAAGGAGCGGGUUUUAGUACAUUUGAUCUCACUUCUCUCGUUAGUUUUUUGCAUCUGUGCAAUGGUCUCUGCUGUGACGCUCGCCACAAUCAGCAUACAGCUUCGGUCAAGAAUCAAGAGCGAGCUCCAUUACAUGGGUAUCAGCUACCACCUUGGCAGGACAUGGUUCGCUGCUCUUUGGCUCUUGGCGAUAUUCUCGUGCAUAUCAUGCAUGGUAUGGUCAGGUUUGGUUUGGUGCAUAGCAGAAAAGAGCGCCGAUAGCAUAGAGUCGUAUGAACUCGGCAUAUUGGCGACAACUAAUCAGACUCAAGACAAUGAUGAGGCCACUUUUGUUGAUCAAAAGCCUCAAGAGAAACAAACUGAACACCUGAAACCACCUCCCCAAGCCAGUAGCUCCCAGGCGCGUCUUCUAGAUGAUGGUGACGGAGAGGUGCUGCGUUCAGUGACUACUUCUGCAAGUGAUUAUUCCGAAACUAGCCAUCAACGGGUUGUCGUGCCGCUGUCAGCGUUUAGCUUGUAG